UCUGAGACGACUGCAGUUCUUCAUUUACAGCCUGCAGUGUUCUGCUCUGGUGGGUUUUACUUUAUUCUCUAUUUAUGAAGGAAUCUGAGUUUUUUUUCAGCAGUGGUAAAGAAAGUGUUUACACACUGGACCUACAAAUUCAUGUGAUUAACCUGACAGAAAGCUGGAAUCAGUGAGUGAUUAUUUCUUAAACAAAGUGAAAGUGAAACACUGAGCGUUCACACUGGAUAGAAGAACAACAGCAAAAUAAAAUGGCUUCAGCGUUUUCAGAGGAGGAUUUUUCCUGUCCUGUGUGCUGUGAAAUCUUUAAGGAGCCUGUUCUUCUGCGCUGCAGUCACAGUGUGUGUAAAGUGUGUUUGCAGCUGUUCUGGGAGAAAAAAGGAUCCAGAGAAUGUCCUGUUUGUAGGAGGAAGUCGUCAAUAGAUACUCCUCCUCGAAAUCUGGCUUUAAAGAACCUGUGUGAGACUUUCUUACAGGACAGAAGUCAGAGAUCUUCAUCAGAAUCUGAAACAGUCUGCAGUUUACACAGUGAGAAACUCAAACUCUUCUGUCUGGAUGAUCAGCAGCCGGUGUGUUUAGUGUGUCGAGAUUCAAGAAAACACACCAACCACAAAUUCUGCCCCAUUGAUGAGGCAGUAACAGACUGUAAGGAGAAACUCAAAACUGCACUGAAGCCCCUACAGGAAAAACUAAAGAUCUUUGAAGACUGUAAACUGAUCUGGAGUCAGACUGCAGAACAUAUAAAGAUUCAGGCACAAAACACAGAGCAUCAGAUUAAAAAGAAGUUUGAGAAGCUUCACCAGUUUCUACGAGAUGAAGAGGCAGCCAGGAUCAGUGCACUGAGAGAGGAAGAGGAGCAGAAGAGUCAGAUGAUGAAGAAGAAGAUUGAGAAGCUGAACAGAGACAUGUCAUCUCUUUUAGACACAAUCAGAGCCACAGAAGAGGAGAUGAGAGCUGAAGACGUCUCGUUCUUACAAAACUACAAGACCUCAUUGGAAAGAACUCUGUGCACACUGCAGCAUCCAGAGGAGCUUUCAGGAGCACUGAUCCAUGUGACUAAACAUCUGGCCAACCUGAAGUUCAGAUUCUGGGAGAAGAUGCAGGACACUGUCCAGUACAUACCUGUAACUCUGGAUCCCAACACUGUUCAUCCUGAACUCAGUGUAUCUGAUGAUCUGACCAGUGUGAGACGCAUUAAUGAGAAACAGAAACUUCCUGAUGUUCCAGAGAGAUUUGAUGAAUAUUGCUGUAUUCUGGGUUCUGAGGGCUUUAACUCAGGAACUCACUGCUGGGAUGUUGAAGUUGGCGACUGUACUUUAUGGUUAUUGGGUGUGAUGACAGAAUCUGCUGAGAGGAAGAGGAAUGUGUUCUCCAGAAGUGGAAUCUGGUUUGUUGUUUAUUAUAAUGGUAAAUAUAAAGCAGGUUCUACACCACAGAGAGUCACUCUGCUCUCAGUAACACAGAAACUCCAGAGGAUCAGAGUGAAGUUGGACUGGGAAAGAGGAAAUCUGUCAUUCUCUGAUCCUGUCACUAACACACACAUACACACUUUCACACACACAUUUACUGAUAAAUUACUGCCAUUACUAAAUGUUUAUGGUAAAGAAUCUCCUCUAAAGAUCCUCCCAGUUCAGUUCUCUGUAAAAGUAAAUCAGAUCAUUUAGAGCUGAGUUUUAUUCCAUAUUAUUAAUGAAAUAUUGCAGAUUAAAAUAUUCAUAUUCUUUCUAAAAGGUUGUUUAAUAAAGGAACUAAACAGUCCACUGUAAAAAGAAAAAUGUGAUGUGUAUCAGGAUUAUGGAUUUUGACUGCGUUACCCAGCAGCCACUGCACUGCCAUGUCUGGAUCACAUGUCACUAAUCACUCACUCCUGUUUCUCUUCACCUCAUUUAUUUUAUUUCAUUUUAUUGAUGUACUUUAAAUUAUAUUAAAUAAA